AAGCGGCGCGAGAGAUCCGGGGGGUUGUUGGUGCGUGUCAGCGCGCGAUGUCGUCGCCUCGUGGGUGCGAUCUUCCUGUCCCUCAAAGAUCUGGAUCAGCACUGUCCGACUGCGGAGUUGGGACGCCGCGGCCGCGCAGGUGUGAAGAUCGAGCAGCACCCGUGCACGGUGCACACCUUUGCCGACCUGGGCUAGUCAGUCAUGGCGCGACCCUGGCGUAGUGGGCUUUGCCAAAACCUGUAUUUUUUGGUCCAGGAUGUUCUGGGCCGAAUUUGCGAGGAUUCAUGUUGACUCGUCCAACCACCAGGAUCCAGGAAAAUCGCCCAGAAUCGCAGCACACCUUCGGCCUCCAUUUCUUCCCCCACGAAUCCUCGCGGCUGGCCAUUCCACAACUUCUGCAAGAUCCCCCGCCGCCUCCUUCCGCGCCGAGCACCCGUCGAUCCGGAUCCAGAUUAAGAAACAAUGGCGGCUGGCUACAUUGUAGGUUCGCUCGUUGGGUCCUUUGCCAUCGCAUACCUGUGUGACACAUUUGUCUCCGACAAAAAAGCAUUUGGCGGUAGCAUUCCCAAGACUGUUUCUGACAAGGAGUGGUGGCAAGCCACGGACGCCAAGUUUCAGGCCUGGCCUCGCACCGCUGGACAGCCGGUCAUCAUGAACCCCAUCAGCCGCCAGAACUUCAUUGUCAAGUCCACUGAGUAGGUUAGAGAAGCUGGUCCAGUGUCUUGUUUGCACCAUGAAAUGUAGUUGUUUCCACCCUUUAUAGGUCCUAAAAAUAAAUAAGAUGAACUAAGGUCAUGAUAAUUGAUGGUUUUUUGCUUUAUCUGGGAGCAAACAUUGAGGCUUUCAGCUUACUUUUCUUCAGAUGGAUUCUCUUUCUGUAAAGAAACCACUUUUUUUUUCUUAUUACCAUUUGGUGUUCCUUAGAUACCCAGCUUUCUUGCAUUCUAAUAAAUUUCUGUCAUUGAUCUAUGAUCUUUA